UUUGGGGGUGGCUGGGGACGGAGAUGGGGUCCGAGAGGGCUGAGAACGGGGACCUGGGGAAGCUCAGGUGGGAAUUCCAGGGAAGCUCGGAGCGUGGGGUUCUAGAAGACUCGGUGUGGGGAGUCUAAGGGGUUCAGGUAGAGAAGGUUGGAGAGGAGCCAGGCUUCAGACUAAAGGCCUAAGGUUGCUGCAGGGAAGGGGCGCUCGGGAGGAGAAGUGUGAAGGUGUCCAGAAUGGGGGGAUCCGAGGAGACGGAGAGUGGGCCUUUCUGAGACUCGGAUCGGGGGCACGCGGGUGUUCAGAACGGGGCGUCUGAAGGGCUGGAGGCAGGAGGAGGGUGCAUGGUGACCGUGAAUACUGUUGGAGACCCAGACUCAUGGUUGCAAGUCUGAAGUUGUUAGGAAGGGGUCUCAAACCCUUUGAAGGGGCUUUGGGGUGCAGCCCUGGAGGCCCUGCGUGGAGCUCUUGAGAACGGCUCCCCGUGAGGUCAGAGGAUGUUCUCCGUGAGAGGCUUAAGAGGGCAAAAAUGUGUGCCGUUGGAUGAGACGUUGUGGAUGGAGUUUGGGGCAGCGGGGCAAUGUUCUGGGUGCUCACUGUGUCUGGGUGGCUUUCGAGAUGCCGAGGACUCAGGUGGAAACCAAGACUGGGUGCAUGGAGUUGGUGUCGAUGGAAGAUCAGGACGCCAGGGUCCCCGCCCUGGAACCGUACAGGGUGGAGCAGGCACCACCUGUAAUCUACUAUGUCCCUGACUUCAUCUCCAAGGAAGAGGAAGAGUAUUUGCUUCGACAGGUCUUCAAUGCCCCAAAGCCAAAGUGGACCCAGCUCUCGGGGAGGAAGUUACAGAACUGGGGACCCCAUUGCCCUCUCCCAGGUGGGCUCCCCCAUCCCCGGGGGAUGGUUCCUGAGCGGCUGCCUCUGUGGCUCCAGCGCUACGUGGACAAAGUAUCUGACCUCAGCCUUUUUGGGGGUCUCCCAGCCAACCACGUCCUUGUGAACCAGUAUCUGCCUGGGGAGGGCAUCAUGCCCCACGAGGACGGGCCACUCUACUACCCGACCGUCAGCACCAUCAGCCUGGGCUCCCACACCAUGCUGGACCUCUACGAGCCGCGGCAGCCAAAGGAUGAUGACCCUGCCGAGCAGGUGGGCCCUGAGACCCUGCCCCAGCCACUCGUGGGCAUUCUGACAAUCCACAUCCUCCAAGAGGGCCCCAACCCCUCCUGCUUGCAAGCCUCGGGCCCCGCCCCGGCCAGCCACCUCACUGCUGCUGGAACCGCGCAGCCUGCUGGUGCUCCGAGGCACCGCCUACACGCGCCUCCUCCACGGCAUCGCAGCUGCCCGCGUAGACGCGCUGGACGCCACCUCCCUGCCGCCCAACGCCGCCGCCUGCCCGUCGGCGCGGCCCGGAGCCAGCCUGGUCCGUGGCACGCGCGUCUCGCUGACCAUCCGCCGCGUGCCCCGUGUGCUGCGCACCGGCCUCCUGCUCAGCAAGUGAUGCCAGGUGGACUCAUUCUGGGGCUCUCCGCCUCCUGACAUCUGCGACCCUGUGACCUUGGAACCCUGGGGCAGAGGCGGCUCCCCUCCCCAGCAUUCCCGGGGUUAUAUAUUUUCCCAGUAACUUUGUGGGAACUACAGGAAGAGGUCCCAUUUCAAAUAAACCAACAAAAAUCUU